GAAUGGGGUAUUAUUACAGAAUUACACCCGGAUCACUUGGUUGAUGCUUUUGUCUGAUGAAUUUUAUUAGGCUGUUUAUUUUGAUGAUAACUGUUUCCAUCGCAAGUUACUCGUUUCUGGGAUUUGAACACGGUAAAGUGUCGAUAGGUUACAGUUUUGGCAGUGUUAGGUUACUACUUUAACAGGUAAAUAAGGAGAAUCACUACGCGCCUCCAAUAUUGCUCCCACAGCAUUACUAGCCUUUCCAAGGUCUCACAUACUGUUGUGUUAUUCUAGUUUUACCAGUGCAUCAAACAUAUACUGCGUCUACAAGUGAUGAUAAGGAAUAAUAGAUAAUAUUCCUCUCCCCUUCAACAAAAUUAAAACACCUGGUAGUGGGGAGGGCUAUGAAGACCAGGGAAAUUGUGGGGUGAAAGCAGCUAUUGCAAUGAUGCUGUCUACCUGAAAUGAAGCAUUUCUGUGCUCUACUUAUGGCGAAAAUGUAUAUAUUGAAAUUAAAGCCACCAAUGGCUGCGCCCUGUGGGCCAUCGUAUUUAGAGGCAACACUGCGUAUGAUCAGUAAAUGCACGAAAUUUCUCUAUUGCUAAGGGAUCGAGUGUUCAAGGAAAAUCGAGUAUUAAAUGUAAGAGAUUCCGGAGUUCAAGUAGUUGGUUUGAGAGGCUUUUAUGUUGGUUUCAUAUGUGCGAUGAGUAUAAUAGGCGUCACAGUCAGCUGUUUCUUGGCUUACUCCUGCAUGGGUCGCCAUUCAACAGUAUUUGAAGAGAAGAAAUGGCGGACGGACGUGGUAGACAUUCCGUCUAGUAAAGGUAAGGGGGUUCCAGGGGGGGUGGAGCCCCCCUUGGUUAGCAGGGGGUCGAGAGGGGCAAAGCCCCCCCAUUAGCAGGUCGUAAAGUUCAGUUGGAAUAGUUUAAAUAUACAGUCACCUCUCGAUUAACAUGAGUUUAAAUGCCGCGUUUUUUAUUUAACACGAGUAGAUAUUUAAGGACAUACAUUUAAUUAAUGCGAUAUGUUCAAUUUAACAUGAGUUUCAUCGAUGACAUCACCAUGCGGAGACACUGUCUCAGUCUGAAGCUAGCCGGCAAUGUGAGUGGAACGUUUCUCUGGAAUACGUACACUGCAUUUUGACCUCUACUAUGGCGCUUGGGCACCCAAGCAUCCUUCCACCUCCUCACAGGAGGUAGCAGGACAGGGUGAGAAGGGAGAGUGGGGUGAGGAUUCGGCAGACGAUGACGACGACCAGUGAUGCAUCAGCAAAAUGAUGCCUUGAAGAAUAUCAGUUUUUAGAAGCAGAACCAUAAACCCUGUCCAUGAUGAGUGACUGGCGACCAUUAGACAGGGACCACUAUGACCCACUGAAGGCUGGCAGCGUUGACGGCACAGACACAGAGCCACAUGACCGGGCAGUGUGGCGUGCCAUAAACACCCACUACAGCCCGCCAGAUGUCGACACCAAACCCAACCACACCCUGUUUGUCGGGCGGCUCCCACAUAACAUUGAGGAGGAGCAGCUGCAUCAUAAAUUCUCUGCUUUUGGUGUGGUGGAAAAGAUCUGCCUUGUGAGGGACAUUGUGACGGGAUUCAGCAAAGGAUACUGCUUUGUGGAGUAUCGUAGGAAGAGGGAUGCUGAACAUGCAGUGAAGGAGUCAAUUGGCCUUCAGAUCAAUGGGUCCCCUAUGUUGGUUGACUGGGAGGCUGGACACCAAGUAAAAGGUUGGAUACCGAGGAGGCUUGGUGGAGGCUGGGGGGGCCGAAAGGAAGCUGGGCAACUCAGGUUUGGCUGCCAAGACCGACCUUGGAAGAGGCCCAUUGUGAUCAACCCCUCAAGACCCUCAGCAAAGGAGUAUGGCAAAGACAGUGGCAGAUCAACGCACCAGGACCAUCAGGGAAGAGAAGACAGGCACAAGAGAGAGGAGUACCAGCAUCAGGGCAGCCAGGGAUCAGAAGACAGACACAGAAGGGAGAACAGGCACCACGGCAGGCAGGGUUUUGAAGAUAGACAUAGACGAGAAGACAACAGGCAUCACGGCAACCAGGGAUCAGAAGACAGGCAAGGUUCAUCAGAAGAUAGACAUAGACGAGAAGACAACAGGCAUCAUGGUAACCAGGGGUCAGAAGACAGGCAUAGGCGAGAAGACAACAGGCAUCAUGGCAGCCAGGGAUCAGAAGACAGGCAUAGAAUUGAGGACAACAGGGACCAGGACAGGCAAGGAUCAGCAGAAGACAGGCACAGAAGAGAAGACUACAAGCACAAAAAAGACACGAGGAGGCGAGAAAGGCGCCGGGACAGGACUAGUGAUCGCAAAAGGAGACAUUCGCCUUCACCAAGUUAAAUAUUACGGUGAACUGAUCUUUAUUCACUCUAUUCACCGUAUAGUCUGGCUAAGAAGCUAAUGAAUAGUUUAAAACCUACUUCAUGGUGCAUUAUGGAGUGAAGUGAAAAUUAUGAACAUGAAUGAUAUAGUGGUUUUAAUGUGCUCUGGCUGUUCUGUAAAGUGUGUAGGAACUUACUGUUCCUAUCUAUCACUGUAGUAGGGAGCUGAGAAAAUGUUAUUUUAUCACUCUGGCUGAUAAAUGUAUUGAUACAAGGAUAGAUAAAUAGGUAAAAGAUUAUGGUACUUAAUGAUGCAUGGGUGUUUCAAGUGUUUACCACUGACUUUACUUUCUUACGCUUUUACCCAGGUAUGUUGGCCUAGCUCACAUGAUACAAAUAAUUGUUUAUUAACUAAUAAACUUUGCAAUUAUUA